CACGCCAUCGGCAGUGGCCAAUCGAAGUGACGAAUGUGGGGUUAUAAAAAAUAUCAUCGCGUCUCCGUCGGCGACUUUCGACAUUGUCGUGAGAAUGGCCGACAUCAAGCAGGAGCAUAAGGGCGAGGACGUGGAUAAUUACGGGAUGGGCAACAGCACCGAUCCGAAAAACAUGCAGGAGUUGACGCAAUACGUGCAAACGCUGCUGCAGAAUAUGCAGGACAAGUUUCAAACGAUGUCCGACCAGAUCAUAGGGAGAAUAGAUGAGAUGGGAAGCAGAAUAGACGAUCUGGAGAAGAAUAUCGCGGACCUAAUGACGCAAGCAGGAGUCGAAGGUGGUGAUAAAUAAGCUCAUCUUUCUUUCGAAAUGUUAAACGCAAACAAGUGACUACCCAUCCGAAGUAUUUGAGGUAUCCAUACGUCAUACUGUCUCAUGAGACAAAUAUUUAUAUGAACACAGUGCGAAGGGGAGAAAGAGAGGGAGAGAGAUACGCGGAUGUUUUUGUUACAAUAUAAAUAAACUUACACUUUUUUACGUACAUGUA